AGCUUCCUAAUUUAUUGUGGUUAUUGAUCAGGCCCCUCGCCGGUCUCAAACAGUUAAAGUCUGCUUGCCUCCGUAUCCUUCGUUCUCGACUGAACUUCUGUAAUGUCACGCUUAACGCCUGUCAACGCAACCUCGCAACCGUCGCAACCGGGCUUUGGUGACCGACCGAACUUCUCUACUGUAGUCACUCAGAGAUAAACGUGUAACCUCCCGAAGCUCCUUCGAUUCUGGUCCUUCUAUUUGGACGAACUCAUACACAAUGGUCGGAUUCUGGACAAGAAUCCGCCAGGCAGCAGGCAUAUGGAUCAAUCCCUAUUCACAAGCUGCUGACCACCUACACCAAGAUGCCUUUACACAACCGACAUCCCAUAUAACUCCAUUCCCCAGAGAGUUCUUUCCUGAAAUCGUCGAUCUCAUUCUCGACCACUUGCAUGACGACAAAGCUAGUCUCAAGGCCUGCUCACUGGUGUGCAAAGCAUGGUUAACUUCAUGCCGAUUUCACCUCUUCUACGAAUUACACGUUCCAUACUGUACCACCAUCGCGGAUGUAGGCUUCGAGCCCUUCGCAGACUUCCUAUACGAUCAUCCGUCGGUGCGCGGCUUCAUUCGCAAGCUGGUACUGAAGGCGGACGACGAACGCUUGAGCGAAGAGGAUCUUCGUGCCAUACAUCGUGGUACUGCUCAAAUCGGCCCCUAUCUCCUUGUUUCCAUUUGCAAUAUGCUUCCGGCACUCCAUAGCCUGAGAUUGUUCAUGCUAGAUUGGCAGAACAAUCAAAUAUCCGGAACUCAACCAUGGGGCGUUACCACAUCACCUUUCCCGCCUAUUCGACCUUUGCAGACACUGUCUCUUAGUGUCGUAUAUACAUCGCUCCCAUUGCAACAUAUUUAUGAGGGAGAUAAGGAGUUAAGCACGAUAGAUGUCCUUCGGUAUUUCUCUGAUGUGAAGAAGUUGACUAUGUCUCGGGUGUCUACGAUAUCAGAUAUUGAGGCCCCGUAUCCUCUUCGUCUGCAAACACUCGCAAUGUAUCAUGUGGCCGACAUGGAUCGAUGGACAACUUUCUUCAAGCGCGCCCGUGUAUCGGAAUCCAUUCGCUCUAUCGGAUUUGCAUUCAAUUCUCUUCGAAGUCCUAUCGUUAAUCGAUCGCCUCUUGGAGACUGGCUCCAUGAAGAGAUAGGGCCAAAACUGCAUGAACUAUCUCUGAGUCUGCUUCGGAUGAAGGCACACGAAUUCGAAGACAUUAUAUCUCAUCCAUGGGAGUCUCUGGGUCUGGAUGCAUGCGUGAACGUGCGUUCGAUCACGUUCAUGCUCGAAUUUCCCGAUAGUCAGACGUCCCUUCCAUGGGCUCUCGUUCUUUAUACCCUGUCCAACAUACCGUCGCGAGACUUGGACAGUCUUCAUAUCACAUUUGAACGUCACACAAAGCAGGAACUUCCUGAGAUAGAGAUGGAAAACCGCAUGCGAGGGUUAGAUUGGGAGAGCCUUUCAAAAUUGCGGUUUCGAUUCAAGAACCUGCGACAACCUGUCGUAACGUUAUCACAACGCGAAACGUACUGGCAUUCAAAGAAUUUGCAUGCUCCAUCCUUGCAAAACGUCUUUGAUGCAAUUCGGGCAGAAUGGUUUCAAUGAUGAUUCCUUCGCUAUCCACCCUGUCAUAUGGUACGCCGCCCUCCAAAAACGUUUGGGUUGCCGUUUCUCACACUACUCAGUCAUAUCUAUAAAGAGAAAAUUUUCAUGUGCUAGCUCAUGUCUGGAAUCGAGUAUGAAUAAGGGACAUCGGAUAUCACGUUUAGCGCGAAGAGCUUCUUUGUCAACAGCAUGGUAGUCGCAUUCCCCUUCGGGCUGUGGUCUACUUGAUUGUGACCGGCGGGCAGGUCGAUCCCCCUAUAAAUAUUGGCAUGUCGGGAUUCUCGUAUGACACUGUCAUUGCGAAAUUUCUUGCGUGCCAUGUUCAUUCGUUCGACCUUCGAUAUCAGCUCGGAGGAGCUUCUCUCCUCCCGAGUUCUGCAGACAUCUGCUGGCCUUCAUGACUUGGAUGCACGAAGUAAUUCAGCCUUAUAUGUCAUCUAACGUCGUAACGGCCUAGUGGGUAGAAGAUGUCUUCACAAAGAUUGUAGUCGGGUAUCUCAAACCUUUGCGUGUUGGCAAGCAGCCCGUGACCAACGCACAACGGCGCAAUCUUUAUGAAACAAUGUGGAUCGAUCUUGACUACUAUUCUCUGUUUGCAUCUCACUUGAACGAUUUGGGUUUGAACAACAGAAUGGCCGAGAUCUCUUCAAGAAGAAUCACACCUAUGAAUGCAUCAUGAAGAGUACGCUGACAUGGACUAUUUAGAUAGGAUAUCCCAAUCCUGACAAACCUGUAGUCUAUGACGAAUCCGAAACAAUUGUUGUUUUAUCGUG